AUGCUUGAUGAAGAACACGAGAAAUUUGGACUUGAUGGAGAUGAUACGAACAUAUACACGCUCGGUCGCAUUGACGAGCAUAAUGUUGUAAUAGUCUCUCCAUCAGCAGGCGAAAAACUAGGACGUCCAGCCGCAACCGUUGCUGCUCAAAUAAGAUCUUCUUUCCCGUCUAUUCAGUUCGCCUUGAUAGUUGGGAUCGGAGCAGGUGUCCCAACAGCAAAAGCAGACAUACGUCUAGGUGACGUGGUUGUUAGCCAGCCAAAUUCAUUGAAUGGUGGAAUAGUGAAAUAUGCCCUUGGAAAAGAACCGAAUGAACAGAAACAGACUGGGCAUGUACCCCCAAGCGUUCUACAAAAUGCUAUCUCAGUCCUGCGAACCGCCCAAGUUUGGCCAAGCGACAGGUUCAUGAAAUUCGGGUACAGGCUCCGCGAAUUUCCCAUGUUUAGACGCGAAAAUACGGGACCUGAUCUCUUAUUUGAAGCAGGUUAUCCCCAUGUUGGGGGGCCGGAUUGUCGAAGGUGCGAUCGAAUGAACUUGGUGGAGCGGAAACCAAGGUCUGAGAAAGUCAAGGUUCACUACGGCACGAUUGCAUCCAGUAAUCGUGUUAUAAGGGAUGCUAUUGUGAGGGACAAGCUCAGCUCGCAUCUAGGCGGGGUCCUUUGCAUUGAGAUUGACGCAGCCGAUCUGAUGAAUAUAAUCCCAUGUCUUCACAUUCGAGGCAUAUGUGAUUACGCUGAUUCGCACAAUAAUAGUGCUUGGAAGCCAUAUGCGGCAGGAUCAGCCGCAGUUUAUGCGAAGCAGCUACUGUCUGUGAUAGACUCAUUGGAUACAAUGACGCUUCUCUUGGAUCAAAAUGGAGCGGAUUUUCCAAUUUCUGAAGAGAUUGUUAAGAUGGCAUUAGCACAUCGCGAUGCAGUGGCCCUAAUAGAUCGUCUUCUUGACAAAAGAGGAGUGGACUUUCCAAUCUCUGAAGAGACUGCCAAAAUAGCAGCAUCAAAUUCAUCAAGUGCAAGGGAGGCGGUAGAGCUUAUUAGUAAAAGCCCUGGGGAUAUGUUUUUUGAUCAGAAGUCUGGUGGUGCAUCUGAUUCAGAAUCAGAGAUCUUUUCAUUACCAAGCGUGCAGUCCACUGCAGUUACUAACAACAGUUCCUUCACACAAGCCGAGAUACGAAAGGCUACUGAUAAACUCGUCGAUAUCUUCCUGGGAAACGAUGAACUUAAUAAUUUAUAUAAACUGGCUAUGAAUGAUCAACGGAUUGGCCCUGACCGAUUUGUCCGCAAUUUUAAGAGAUUGCUCCAAGCAUUCUCGAGGAAUUUGAAAAAAAGAAAGUCAAGAGGCAUCCCAUUACGAAUUGGCGAAAUUUGUUUCGCUAAAAGCCGGUUUCGUGGCUUCUAA